AUGACAGCUCCAAGACUAAUCUCGAAAUAUAGGAUACAGAUACAUCGAAUUAGUGAGAAUAUGGUACUCAACAAUGAUGGACUAAAGGAGAUAAGUACGCUGCUUGUAUCUGCAAGCGACCGAGAACCGGAAGUCAAGCUGGAGAAGACAAAAGAUAACAGCAGCAGUGAUAUAACCACACCACCGGCAGAGUUUAUUCCCAGUAUUUUCUUCUCAUUACACAAAAUACGGAAGGAUCCUAACAAUGUUUCCAGCCAGCUAGAAACUUCGACUGGGUUUAUAAGGCAUAGAAUAAAGAGAUGUAAAGCUUUGUUACAGGAGAACGAAGAAGUACGAAACCUGCUAGCCAACAGUAUAGAAGAAUGGGAAAAUAUAAUUGCUGAUAAGGAGCAGCAACUACGAGUGAAGGCUAAGGUGCUAAGGGACCUUGAUGCUCGUAUCGAAAAGAUAACGAAUUAA